GGGGAGGAUAAAGCUCCUGAGCAGACAGAGGGGUGGCACCUGUGCUCUUAAGAUGAACUGGUUUGUCGUAGCUGCAGUUGCUGUGUGCGUCCUUGUGCCCAGUGCACAUUGUGCUUCAGAAACAAUUGCCUGGUGCUACAAUGAACCAUCUUGCAAUGACGCCACCUGGCCGACAAUAGCUGCUCCCUUCUGCAACGGCACGCGUCAGUCACCCAUUAACAUCGUCUCGGCAAACGCAACAGCGGACGCCAACCUCACGGCUUUCACUUUCACAAACUACGGCAACACGUCUGCACUGACGAAGAUCGAAAACACGGGAGACACAGUCAAAGUCACGCUUGCUGAUGGAGUGAAGGUUUCAGGGGGUGACCUGUCCGAGGCCUACGACAGCCUGCAGUUCCACCUUCACUGGGGCAAUGGCUCCACCUCGAACGGGUCAGAACACACCGUGGACGGCAAGCGUUACCCCAUGGAGUUACACAUCGUGAACAGUAAGGGGUCCUAUAAUAAGAACACAACACUGGCUGUGGAGGACUCUACUGGUCUUGCCGCUCUUGGAUUCUUCAUUGAUGUGAAGGCGAACACAUCAGCUCAGCCUGCCAGCUGGAACACCCUGACCUCCUAUCUGAAAAACAUCACAGAGAAGGGCACCACGGUUUCGAUGGCUCCUGGGAUUUCUUUGGACGACCUCCUGGCUGGGGUGGAUCGCACAAAGUACUAUCGCUACCUCGGCUCCUUGACGACCCCUAGCUGCAACGAGGCUGUAGUCUGGACCGUGUUCAAGGAUCCCAUCCUGGUCAGCCAAGAUCUGAUUGACCUGUUUGCAUCAACGGUACGCUUCUCCAACAGCACCUCCUCCUUCAUGACCAACGUCUACCGGAACAUCCAAAAGGAGCAGCCAGUGAGGACACAGCCCGCCUCCUCUGCUACCAGACACACUUUGAGCCUGAUGUCUCUCAUCCUGCUACUAGGAAAGUUUUUAGCCUAAUUUCCACAAUAAAAAGCCAUAUCUCUUGUAUCUUCCCCCUAACAAAUCUUUAAAAGAUGAAGUUUGGUGGCAUUUUUUUUUUUCCACCAACGCCUCUUUACAGUCAUGAGUGUCUGUAACACAUUCAUCAACACACCAGACAGGGACUAAAGUGCAAAUCUUAUAUUUGCACCUGGUGAUAAUUCAUCCUGGUGCUUCUGAAAGGAUGUAAACGUUUAUGAUUAUGCAGUGUUACAGAACUGAUAUGCACUAUUUGAGGCAUCUUUUAUCAUGUUUAUCUUUGCAUUGUGUUAUAUUUAACUAUUUUUUUAUUCUUAUCUGAGCAGAUUAAAAAAAUGCUCAUUGUUGUUGUUUUUGUUGGUGUGAUGAAGGACUUAAGUAUUUCUUAAUCAAAUGAACACCUUAUAUAUCACUGACAUGCACUGAGUCCAUGCUUUACUCGGGUGUUGCAAUGUUUAUCACAAGCUCAAUAAACUUUAUCACUUAAUUCA